UUGUUUUUCCACACCAUCCUCUGUAAACUUUACAGACUGUUGUGCAUGAAAGUUCGAGGAAAUCAACAACUUCUGAGAUAAUCUAACAACUUUACCAGGCACCAGCAAUCAUUCCAAGGUCAAAGUCACUUAGAUCACAUUUUUUUUCUGUUCCAUGUUUGGUCUGAACAGCAAAUGAACCUCUUGACCAUGUCUGCAUGCUUUUAUGCAUCAAGUUAUUGUCACGUGAUUGGCUAAUUGGAUAUUUGCACUAACGAUCAGCUGUACAGGUGUGUGUUAUGAACUACAUAUACCUGUCUCUACACGCCCCCUUGCUGACUGCUCCUGUGGCUCCUCCCACAGACCCCGGUAUAAAGGUGAUUGGAGUCACAGACCCUUCCUCAGUCUCCAGGAUGUUGUGUGGCGGUUGCUUGCUGCUUGUGCUUUCUUCCAGCCAAUAAAAGCCUAACUUAACCCACGUCUCCAAGAGUUAUUGAUGGUGCAUCAAUUUUAUUGGCUGGAAAUUUUAAAACAUGGAAAGUAUUUUACGUCCGGAAAAAUUGGACGUUGAUCCUCAAGACUCAGAAGCAGCUCUUGCCUUUGAACUCUGGCUUGCAUGCUUCCAAUCAUACUUGGAAGAGAUUCACAUGACUGAGCCCGCUAUCAUGCACAAAAUCCUCCUUUCCAGGGUCAGUCUGAAAGUAUUCUCCCUUAUCAGGAACCUGCUGACCUACCAAGGGGCACUGGACGCCCUCAAGAGACAGUACCUGCAGCCGGUGAACACCAUCUACGCAAGACAUGGCUUAGCAACAUGGUGGCAGCAGACCAGAGAGUCGAGCAGGGAGUUUCUCCGAGCCCUACAGACACUUGUGUGGGCCUGCGACCGCAAGGGACUGACGGUGGAACAGCAUGCAGAGCUCCGGGUACGAGACGCCUUCGUUACGGGGAUCAGGACAGUGUACGUGCGCCAGCGGCUGCUGGAAAACGCCGAUCUUACCUUACGCUCAGCGAUCGAGUUGGCCGACACGCUGGAGGCUGCUCUGCACAAUGCUGACGCUGUCCAGCCGUGCGAUCCCCCGCCGGUUCCGUGGACGCUGCAGACCCCGCCACCCGCCAGCGAAUCAACCUCGGCUGCUGCCACUCGCGAGUCCAUGAUCUCCCCGAAACCGACCACAGCUGCUGCCAGUUGCAAGUCCGCGCAGUGUUACUUCUGUGGACUCGAAAAGCACCCCUGAAAACGCUGCCCGGCCCGAGAAGUGACCUGCUCCAGCUGUGGGAAGAAGGGCCAUUUCACCAAGGAAGUCUGCCACUGGGACCACCCUACCGGCUUGGCUGAUGUCCCCAGGGCCAGUGCUGCUCCGGAAACAUGCGAGGAGCAAUAAAUACUCCCCGAUGGUCGAGAGGAUUCACC